UUAAUAAUAGAACAAUUUGUUUUGUCUGUGGUUGUUAAACCUUGAAAUAUAUAAAAAACGAUUAGGUUCAAUUAUUUAGAUAAGAACACAUUCCAAGCCAGUUAUGCUUAUUAUCAUAUCCAUUAUUAUCAUUUAGAAUUGACCAUCAAUGUUAUUUUAAUAGGUUAGGUACAAAACUAUGAAGUUUCCAUGCAGAAAGAUAAUUAUCAGUAUAAAAAAAGCAUUAUCUCGCCAUUAUCAUCACACUGCAAAUCAACUCGAAAGAAAUAUGACUAACACGCGUAGCUAUCAGGAGGCACUCCAGGCUUUAAAUGAGCUUCAAACUAAUGCGGACUAUAUUAAAAAUGUAGUAAAUCAACCAAGGAAUGCAUCUAAUAUUCCAGAAGUUAUUAAAUUCUUAGGCAGGACUGGUUUGUCUGUAACUGAUCUAGACCGACUGUCUGUCAUCCAUGUGACUGGCACUAAUGGGAAAGGAAGUACAUGUGCCUAUACUGAAAAAAUAUUGAGAAGUCAUGGUUGUACAACUGGAUUUUUUUCAUCACCACAUCUUCUUGAUGUACGAGAACGAAUUAGAAUAAAUGGAAAGCCUAUAUCCAAAACAAUAUUUAAAAAUUAUUUUUGGAAACUUUAUAAUUUGCUCAACAAACAGAAGGACUAUCAAGCAGAUAUGCCAUUAUAUUUCCGUUUCAUGACGCUAUUAGCUUUUCAUAUAUUUUUGGAUCAUAAAGUGGAUGUUGCUAUUUUAGAGGUGGGGAUUGGUGGAGAAUAUGAUUGUACAAAUGUUAUAAGAAAAACGUCAGUGGUGGGGAUAACUCCUUUAGAUUUUGACCAUAUGGCUUUAUUAGGUAAUACAUUGGAAUCAAUUGCUUGGAACAAAGCAGGAAUUAUGAAGGCAGGAUGUUCAGCAUUUACAGUAAAGCAACCUCCGAACGCAUUAAAAGUUUUUGAAGAACGAAGUGUAGAGAAAAAUUGUUCUCUUACUGUCGUGGAGAGUGAUUACUAUAGUGGAACUAAUUCGAAUAUACCAUUGCAUGUUCGACAAACUAAUGCAAGUUUAGCUUUGGCCUUGUCAGAAGCUUUUAUUAACAAAGAUACCAAUAACAAUUUUAAGAAGUUUGAUUUGGAUUUAGCGAAAAAAUCAAUCGAGGAAACGUAUUGGCCUGGGCGAUACGAAAUAAGAAAAUUCCAAAAACAUAUAUUUUACCUGGAUGGUGCACAUACUUUUGACAGUUGUUGUGUUUGCCGAGAUUGGUUUAUAGCACACGUCAAGAAGAGCAAAAGUAAACGGUGCCUUAUAUUUAACCUUACUAGAGCCAGAGCUUCAGAAGUCUUUUUUAAAGAACUAAAGAAAUGUAAUUUUGACGUAGUUAUUUUCAUUCCGAAUGUAGGUAGCAGUAAUGAUAAGGCAGAUACAGCUGAUUUCGUAUGUCCCGCAGAGAAGCAGUUGGAGCAAUGCGAGGCGAACAAGGAACAAUGGCUGAAUAUGGAGGAAACAUCAAACAAGAAGGUGGAAAAAGCCUUAGUCUUUCCGUCUUUCGCCCAGGCAGUGGAAUUUUUAAACGCAUCUGCUCCAUAUGAUUGUCUUGUUACCGGUUCUAUACAUUUAAUAGGAGCUGCCAUGUCAGUACUGGAUCCUACCCUUAGUGGAGCAUUAGAUGAUGAUUAGGAUAUUUGAUGAAAAAAUAGCGCUGUGGUAUUUUGGUUGAAAGAAAUCAGUAGCCUUUUAUAAUAAAGCAAUAAAGUUUGAAAGCUGUCAUCAUAUGGCUACCGAAACAAACUUAAUGAUAACGGCUUCCUAUUCCUUUGAGGCUUUCAGUAAAUUAGGUUCAAUUAUAGGCCUCUUUACAUUUGUUUAUACUAUUUUGUUACUAAUUUUUGGUUAUAUGUUAUACAUUUUUUAUUAAACAGUAUUGUUGAUGAUAAAUUGUUAUAUCAAUAUUUUUAUAAUAAAAACUUUUUAUACAAAAGUA